AUGGAGAAGCUGGCAGCAGGCAUUGCUGAAGGAAUGGCUCUGCCACAAAGGAUCCUCUUUCCCCCACAGAAGAUUUGCAUGGACUGGCAGCAAAGACAGAGACCUGGAGCAGGACUCUGCAACCUGGGCAGUACUUGCUAUAUCAAUGUCAUCCUGCAGUGCCUGACAUAUACACCCCCUCUGGCCAACUACCUGCUGUCUCGGGACCACAGUCAACUGUGUCAUCAGCAAGGCUUCUGCAUGAUGUGCAUCAUGGAAGCACACGUUAGGAAAGUCCUGCGCUCUUCAGCCAAUGCCAUCUGGCCUAGGGCUGUUGUCAGGGACCUCAAAUUCAUAGGAGAAGAAUUUGAGCCUGACAUGGCUGGAGAUGCCUAUGAGUUCUUACGCUGUGCUCUUGAGGCCAUGCAGAGAGCUUGUCUGAGCGGAAGCAGUGAUGAGGACAUCUCUUCUCAAAAAACUACUAUCAUCCAUCAAAUAUUUGGGGGCUUUCUGAAAUCCAGAGUCACAUGCUUGAGGUGCCAAGCAGUUUCUGAUUCCUACAAGGCCUUCCUGCAUGUCCUUUUGGAUAUCAAAGCACCUUCAUCCCUUAACAAAGCUCUGGAGAACUUUGUGACACCCAAGAAUCUGGAUGGAAAAUACUGCCUCAAAUGUAGCAAGUGUGAGAAGAAGGUAACAGCCUCUAAGAGGGUUACAGUCCAUCGUGUGCCCAAGGUCUUCACAGUGUGCCUGGAAAGGGCGGCCGAUCACACAGGCAGGAAGAUCAGCAAGAUUGUUGAGUAUCCUGAGUACUUGGAUCUUCGGCCAUACAUGUCUGACACAGCUGGAGAGCCCCUCCUCUACUCCUUAUAUGCUCUUGUGGUGCACAGUGGUGACACCUGUCUUGAUGGACACUUCUUCUGCUAUACAAAGGCCAGCAAUGGACAAUGGUACAAGAUGGAUGAUGAGUCUGUGGAUAAUUGUGGCAUCCAUGCAGUUCUCAGGCAGCAAGCCUAUUUGCUGUUCUAUGCCAGUCAGUGCGGGGCCAGCAAUGACCAGGCAGGUUCUGCAGGGACAUAUGGUCAGCCUGGUAGGACUAUGUCAAUGGACUGCCAGAGGACAAGUGCCAGGGAGAGGAUCCAGAGUAGAUCCCUGCAGUGGGACAAUGAUCACUGCCGCUGGUUCAUGAACAGCACUGACUUCAACAACUCAACAGGGAGGAAGAGAAAGAGAAGUACUCCUCCAGGUCGUGACCAUGCUGUCAAGGAUGGCACAGCUUCAGGGCCCUUCAACAGAAGCUGUCAGUGGUCUCCUGUACCCAAUGCUGCUUGGACAGUUUGUGGAGAUCACAGACUACCACCAGUCAGUGAGGAGGAGGAGCUGGUGGAGAAGAAGCCCUCCACAUUGUGA